UACACACUGCUUUAUACUAAAGAAUAUAUCCUCGAAUGUCUAUAGUGCAACUCCCUAUGCCGUUAACGGAACGUAGAUCUACAUCUCGGUUUCUGUGAUCUGAUCUGGCUGAUAAUGCCCUUCUUUUUGUGAACAGGGGAGGGAAAGUGUAUAUAUAGAUGGCUUGCCCAAUGAUUUUUCUGUGACUGGAAACUGCAAUGGAAGCUUUCAAGAGUUACAGAUCAUGGAGUUUUGUCUCUUUAUUCAUUGUGAUCCUUUUCUGGGUCAGCACUGUGCAUGUUGAGUAUGCUGGUGCUAGAAACAUCACCGUGGGAGGAAAUAAUGGAUGGCAUUAUGGUUACAACUACAGUGACUGGAUCACAAAGGUCGGCCAAGUUUAUGUCGGUGAUUGGCUGGUGUUUAAGUACCCUGCUCCAACAUCAAACUCGAUGGCUCACAGUGUUGUGCAGAUACAAAACAAGGCCCGUUUCAAGAAAUGUAAUGUUGGUGCUGCAAUAAAACUGGCAGGUCCAACUCAAGGGACUGGAAAUGGAUUCCAUUUUAGAUUGAAAAGGGUCAGGCAUUAUUUUUUUGCUUGUGGGCUAGGCAAUACAAGGCACUGUACUGUUGGCCAAAUGAGGUUUGGCAUUUUACCAGUGGUGAAAACAGGUUAAGGCCAGGCAAGAUGCAGUGCAAUAUCUUUAUUUAAAUAAAUGAGUGGCAGUUUCUUUCAUUGCCAAAUUUAUUUUGGCAUUGUUGAAUGAUGAGUGGGACCCUUCGUCUCCUCCUCUUAUUGUUUUUAUCGUUUAGAAAUUGUGUUAUGUUUGUUGUGCAGUCUGAGGUGUGAUUUUAUAUCCACCCACUUUUUAUGAAUACAAAUAUAAAAAAAUUAUUUUUCAUAAA